UAAUACACAUAAUAGUAUCACUGAUAAUAACUGAUAUAAUAUGAUAUAAUAUAAGAGAUGUCCGUGCUUAGAUAUCAAAACAUCGGUGAAACCGAUGCAGUACUUAAAACGUUGUAGCAUACUGUUCACCGUCAAACUUCACAAUGACUCCAUUCGGUAUUAUACUAGUAAUUGCUGUGUUCUCUGUCCAGGUUAUGCAAACCAUUACACAACCUAAAAAAUAUCGAUGUACUUCGUUCACACCGUCGCCUCAGCCAGAAUCAGAACCAAUACAGUCUUUCUUUUUAAGACUGCCGCCAUCAUUAGUUACGAAAUCACAGUCUAAUACACCUACAAAAUCUCCAAUAUCGGUUUCAAAAUCACAGAUAUCAAUGAAUAAAUCACCGUCUUCUGUUUCAAAAUCGCAGAUAUCAGUCAACAAAUUACCGUCUUCUGUUUCAAAAUCGCAGAUAUCAGUCAACAAAUCACCGUCUUCUGUUUCAAAAUCGCCAUCUUCAAUUCCAAAAUCACCGUCUCCAGUUCCAACGUCAUCUACGGUCACUAAGUCAUCAUCAAGAGUUCAAAAAGUGACAAACUCAUCACGAACAGCUAAUAGAUUGCCACCCGACUCCUUUAGUUUAUUUAAGUUACCAUUACAGUUAAUUUCAAGUUUACUGGUGCCACUAAUGCCAACAAUAGUUAGACAAAACACAUCUACAGUUAUUUCACCACAAUUUAAUUUUCAGAUGCCUUUAACAUUCUCAAAUAUUCAUCAUACUAAAUAUAAUCCCUGUAAUGAUACAAAUAACUUGCCUGUUCAAUGUAACACUAACAAUUUACCUAAUCCGUGUAACUCUCUAUCUUGCAACAAUAAUACCUUACCUAAUCCUUGUAACUCUCAACCCUGCAGUAACACUAAUACCAUACCUAACCCUUGUAACUCUCAACCCUGCAGUAACACUAAUACCACACCUAAUCCUUGCUCCUCUCAACCCUGCACUAACACUAAUACCAUACCUAAUCCUUGCUCCUCUCAACCCUGCAGUAACACUAAUACCAUACCUAACCCUUGCUCUUCUCAACCCUGCACUAACACUAAUACCAUAACUACUCCUAAUAAUUCUGGAUCUAGUAACACAAAUACCUUUUCUAAUCCUUGUGGUAACUCAAGUAAAUCAAAUUACGUUUUUUGUAAUUCUCUACUAGGAAAUUCACAUAAAUCCUUUAUUUAUAAUUGGAUUUGCACCUAUUUUCUAAACAAAAUUCAAAAUGUAGACUGUAGUACUCCAAAAAUUGAAAUUAUUACCACACCUAGUGAACCUAAUUCACCCACAACGGAUAAUCCUACAAUAACAACCAUAACGAGUGACACUACUAUUACACAAACUAGUUCUCCACCACCCACAGAUAUACCAAAUACUACACCAGAUGAUAAUACUACUCCAAAUGAUAAUACUACACCGAAUGACGAUGUACCAACAUCCACACAACAAGAUCCUAUACCACCAUGUACACCAAUUAAUAAGUUCCAUAAACAUUGUCUACCACUAAUUCAUAUUCCAAAACCAAAACCUUGUAGUUUACCAGUUACUAAAUCACAUUUGCAUUUACCAUUACGGUGUCCACCACAUCUUGUACCUUGUUCGCCAUCUUACAUGUAUUUUAAUUCUUUGUUAAAUCCUACAACUGAUAAACCUAAUCUAGACCUUACUUCAAAUUCAGAAAAGGAGAUCCUUUUAAAUAUAUUACAACGUUUGAUUUUUAAUUCGAAUUUACAAUCACCGCCGUCUAAAAGUAUUAAGUAAGUAAAACUACUUAUAGAUUAACACUUUAUUUAUAUUGUAUAUAUAUAGCAUAUAUUCGUGCAUUAAAAAAAUAUAAGUUCUGAAAUAAAAAAAUUAUAUAAUAGAUUUAUUUAAAUAUAUUUGUAGUACAAUCUUAUUUUAAUAAAUAUACCAUUUGUAACAAUACAUAAAUAAUACUUUACAAAUAUUAUGAUUAAUUUUAAUUAUUGUGAUCUUAUUAUGAUGCUGACUUAAAAACUGCAAGAAGUAUAAUUGGUAAUUUUAAAAUCAUAUACCUAAUAAUAAUUUAAUUGUGUUCACAAUCAAAAUCUAUGUAAUGGUUUUUUAUUUUAAUUAUUUUAAUUAUUAUAGUGAUAAGCUAAGCCUAUCUUUUAAAAUGUACCUAUGUAUAUAAAUUUGUUUGUUUAGAGUUAUUUCUGAGGUAUAACAAAAAUGGACAAUUUUUUUUUUAAAACAAAACUCUUAAGCAUUAACAUAUUUUAUAAUAAUAAAUAACAAGUAAUAUUUUAUGCAUUAACAUUUAUAAUAUUAAAAUAAUUACUUUUUCGAUAGAGUUAUACUAUUAGAUAAGCAUUAUUCCAUAGCAAUUAAUCGAGUCAAUAAUACAUUAGUUUUAUUAAUACAUAACCAAAUGUAGGUAUAUGGCUUAUGGCUAGUAUAUUUAUGUAAAAUAUUUAAAUAUAUAAAAUAGAUAAGUAAACUUUUGUAAUGUUUUCUGAAAUAUAUAUUAAUUUAAGUAAUUUAA